CCUGGAUGCCUUUUCUAUGCAACUGCCUCCUCUAGGAUAGCCAGAGUCACUUGAUAUCUCAUCAGAACCUUGUUCCCCAAGGAAAGGAACAGAUGAAGAGCUGAAGGUGUUUCCAUCUUAGCUGAAGGGCGGCUGGCUUCGGGAUUACUCGUCGGGAUCCCACUGCCUUAGGGGAGAGUAAACACCGUAAAAGUCGAAAAGCUAAGUCAGAUCAGUUAAACCCAUCUCUUCUCCUACGGAAAGAAGAUGGUGUUUAACAUGAUCUCCUUCUCUCUUAACGAUAACUUUCUCGAUGUUCGUCCCGGCUCCCCUCCUUCUUUUAGCUCCUUACUGCCGCCAGGCUCUCCUCCUACAAGCAGCAGUUGCAUUGGAGGAAUAUUCAGAGGAAUUUCCGCCGCCACCUCCUCUAUGAGGAUUGGAAACCCUGCCAUAUACCAUACUCCACAAAGGCAACAGUCUGGCAAAAAUCAUGUCAGGAUUGGAGCUGUCGGGGAAUCGAAGGAGCAGGGAUCAACCAGCAAAUUGAACCAUAAGAUGACGUCAUCGAUGUCCAGACAGCAAGGGAACAGGUCCAGGAUCAUGUCCUCGAGUCCUUCUCAAGCUAAGAAAAACGUUUCUAGUUCUCCAGCUUCUGGAAUGGGUUCGAGCAGCAGUGUAACGAUGAGAGAUGGUGACACGAGGAAACAACCCGAGGAGCCUCUUAGGAAGGUCAUGUACUUCAGUUGCUGGGGACCCAACUGAAAUGGUUGAUUUCUCUCUUCCGUCAGAUAUAUCGGACCUGGAAACCGGUCCAUAUAUGCUAAGUUAACGGAAAGCAACAAAUCGUAAAUGUAGAUCUUAACAGGCACAUCCGCUUGAUUCAGAGAAUAGCACAAGAGACUCUGGAAGAGGACUUGUUCAUCCUUGGAGUCCAGGGGGCUUAAAAUUUUUAUGUCGGGUAAGCCCAUCUGGCACAUUUCCGAAGGAACAAACUUGGGGAGCUAAGGGUGCUUUUUCCGACGUAGUUUAUGUUAUCAGUGAAUAUUUUUCAUAAUCCUCGCUCAUAGUAGGGAAAAGGGUCCCCGAGUAAAGUACGUACUCAACUUUUAACAUAUCGUGCCCUCGUCCCAGAUUUGUAUCGAGAUGACCAUACACUAUUACUCAUGGAAAAUCUCAACAAAUAAGAGUUUUCCACCAUCAAUUUUCCCGUGAUAUGCCAGGAGUCUUAGCGGCAAAAGC